CAAACGAAACCCGGAAGUAACAUGCGACAGUUUUCAUGGGGGCUUUUUAACACUUUUAAUAACAAACAUGUGAAGUGUGAAGUGUGAAGUGUGAAGUGUAGUGUGCAGGUUAUAAGCUGGCAAAUGGCAGGAGUUAUAUUUACAUGGAUUUGGCUGUUUAACGCCGUUUUAUGUUGUUUCGCUGACGAUGUGAACCAUGUCACUGGGUUCUACUCCAGUCCGCCCCAGAGGUUGUCCAAGUACAGCUGGUUCGGGAACGCGCGUCUGUUCCGGUUCCAGGUUCCUGAAGGGGCGGAGCUUGUGCGCUGGUCCCUUACGGUACUGCGUGGCUCCGGGUUCAGGUGCAGCGACCAGAACAUCGCAGUACACUUCCGGGCCGGAGCGCCGCCGGUCAUCAACCCCAUUAACACGUCUUUCUCCAAUUCCACGGAAUUCUCUCUGGCUUACAAUCUGACUGUGAGUGUGAGGGACGCUCAGGCCAUCAGCACCACGCUGUUUAACGUCACGCAGCCAGAAGCUGGAGACUGGUUCAUUGCCGCUCAUCUGCCUAAAGACGAUGGCAAGAUAGAACAGCAGGGGCUGCCAUCGUGUUCGUAUUUGUUGCAGACACAGAUGUAUGUGAGGAGAGCCGUCGACACACCGAUCCUGCAGACCAACAUUCCUCUCAGUCAAACUCUCACUCAGCAACAAGCUCAGUACAGGGUUUUUGUUCUGGAGUUUUCCUCUAAGCUGGAAGUCUUUAUCCAGUCGUGCUCAGUACAGACUGUUCCUGUUAGUGAGUGCUCACUGUCAAUCACUUUAGGCUCCGCCUCUUUGGGCCAGAGCUCAGUGAUUACAGCAAACUGCUCUGGGAACCAGCCGUGCUCUGUUUCUCUGUCCAAUCCUCCGUGGAACACCUGGGUGAGGGUUUCAGUGGAGAUCAGCCGAGUGAAUGUAACAACGACUUUCAGCAUCUCAGCAAACUACACAGCAAGCUGUAAACCCUUGAGUGUUCCUUCAGAUGUGAACAUCUCCUUUCCCCUCAGCAGCUCAUCUCUCAUAUCAUCCUCCAACACCUCACUGUACACUAACAGCUGCAUCCAGACCCCGGCUGUGUUACGGGAGACUCAGGACAUCUUCUCAGUUCGCUUUACCAUCACUAACAACAGUGUGACUGCACUGUCCCUCUUCCCCACCAUGCUGACGCUGGAGCUGGACUCUGCAGACAGUGGGGGGGUGCUGAUCCUCCAGCUCCAACUUAACACGACCUCUGUUACUGGUCCAUUCGACAGUGUGAGGGUGUGUUUAACACCUUCUGCUCCUGUUCUCCAGCUCAACACCAGCCAGUCAUGUGAUGCAGCUUUCAUGAAGGGAUAUCCACUCAGAGUGAACAGUAAUGAAACAAAGGCGUUGUUGAGAAUUCCAUUUCCUAAACCUGUGACCUGGUACCUCAGUCUGCAAAGCAUCUGUAACAACAGUGUUGAAUGCAGUAAUAUCUCAGCUGUGGUGAGUGUGUCGGCAAGUGUGAGUGCGUGUGUUGACGACUGCGGACCAUACGGAGAAUGCAGGCUGCUGCGCACAUACAGCUACAUGUACGCUGCCUGUGUGUGUAAAUCAGGUUGGUUGGGUUGGAGCUGCUCAGAUGGAUCUAGUGCUCUGUCGUUCUCUAGGCAGUUAACCGCGGUGCUUCUGCUCACACUCAGUAACCUGCUCUUCAUCCCUCCAAUCGUGGUUGCACUGUACCGAGGCUAUCACACAGAGGCCACAGUCUACCUCUUCACCAUGUUCUUCUCCACAUUUUAUCAUGCAUGUGAUCAGCCCGGAGUGACGGUGCUCUGCAUCAUGGACUAUGACACACUGCAGUUCUGUGACUUCCUGGGCUCCGUGGUGUCCGUGUGGGUCACUAUUGUCUGCAUGGCUCGUCUGAAGGACACUCUGAAAUACGUCUUCUUCUUGGGUGGCACUCUCCUUGUCGCCAUGGCGAUGCAGUUGGACCGCAGAGGUUUGUGGAACCUUCUAGGUCCUGUGCUGUUUGCAUUAGCCAUCAUGCUAACCACCUGGAUUUAUCGUGCUGUGAAACGUCGUCACUGUUACCCACCCACGUGGAAGCGCUGGGUUUUCUUCCUGAUCCCCGGCAUACUGUCAGCGGUCAUAGGGCUGUGUGUAUAUGCCUUUGCUCAGACUGACAGCAACUACUACUAUACACACUCCAUCUGGCACAUUGUGGUGGCCACCAGUGUGGUGUUCCUGCUGCCACCACGAGAGAAGAACAUCCCGCCCUGGGGCUGGUCACACAAACUCUGUGGAUAUAAAAUCUGUCUAAACCAGAAGGAAGAUCUGCACAUUGUUUCCUAACUGCACACACACACACACACACACACACACACACCUUGUUCAGGUGUAAUGAGCAGUGCAGCUUUACGGGUGAAUUCUGUUCUUAAGCUUUAUUUAUGACAGGGUUUGAUUUAACUCACAUGACUUUAUGAGCAGAAAUAAAAAAAUUACACAUUAAAAUGUGAAACACAUCAACAGCACAUGAGCUCUGAUCAGAAAGGGGCGGUCCUUACUAAACAUGCUUAGUGCUGAUUGGACAUGUAGGUGUAUCACAUGACUCACAUAAAAAAAGAGCACUUUAGUAGUUUAAUGUGAAGUCACUGCUGUUAUUCCAGUAUGGAGGAAUUUACAGGAUUCUCAGAGAUAUUGAGAUAACUGAGAGAUAUAAUACUAACUAUUAAAUAAAAUCCUCAGAAGUCUGAAAUAAACAAGAGAAACCUUACAUUUACAGAAGUAAAAACAUGGUUCUGGACUGUGGUUCUCUAAACCAUGUGGUUCUCUAAACCAUGUGGUUCUCUAAACUUUUCUCAUUCUAUUUUUCUUCAAACAAAAAAUAAUAAAUUGUGACUGAAAGCAUCAGUAGAUUCAUUUAGACAGAACAUCCACCAGCCAAUCAGCAGUGGGCGUGUGAUGGCAGUAAGGACCGCCCCUUGUUGUUGUGUGUGUUGAGAUGGAAGGGGUGACGACCUGCAGCACUAAACGUACCUGUGGCCAGUGUGAACAGAAUUCUAUAGGUUCUUCUCUCACGUGUCUAUUCAGGAUCACAAUGCAGCUUUAUUUAUCUAAAGAAUACUGCUGACACUGCACUGUUUUUAUUACACAUUCAAUUGUGGUUUGAGCACUUAUUUAACCUGUGUGUGUGUGUGAGUGAGUGAGUGUGUGUGUGUGUGUGAGUGAGUGAGUGAGUGUGUGUGAGUGAGUGUGUGUGAGAGAGAAAGACCCUUUCUUGGUUCUUUUAUCUUAUUUGUGGUGUUUGGUUCAUGGACCUCUUCAGCACUUCAUUAUGGUGUGUGUGUGUGUGUGUGUGUGUGUGUGUGUAUACACACUAGUUAAGCAUUAAAAUCAGAAGUAUGCAUGUGCUGAUUAAAUAAUUAAUAAGAUAAUAUGGGUUCUACAAUGAGGUAAACAUCAUGAUUAUUAUGAAUAAAUCUGAAUGCGGAAUGUUUUAUUAACUGAGCAAAUUGUUUUGGUGUUAAAUUUUUAGUAUUAAAUUUACUUUGUAAGGAUUUUUAUAAACUCUGAUCGGUCCUAAUAAAGUGAUUACUCAGUAAUGUAAA